AGAGCUCGAGACCGAGACGGAGGCGCGUGCGGCACGAGACAGAACGGAGGCGCGUGCACAGGACAUACCGGAGGCGCGUGGGCUUCUACCGGAUCACGUCACUGUUUUAGAUUCACCGUGAACAUGUCCCGGUCCCGGUCCUGGUCCCGGUCCCGGUCCCGGUCUUGGUCCGUUCUGCCGCUGAUCCCAGUCUUCAUCCUCCUCUCCUCUCCUCCGUGCUGCGUUCACGCUCUCCUCCGUGUGUCCGUUCUUCCGUCCUCUCCUCUUUUCUCUCUCGGUUCUCGUUCUCGUCUCGUGUGUUUCGCCGUCGGCUGCUCGGGCGCCGCCGCCGUCACGUGGACGCCGCUGGACGACCGGCCGCUCAUGGCCGCCGUCGCCGCCAACGCCACGCACUCCUCCCUGACCUUUGACCCCGUGCGGCGCGAACACGAGGGGGCGCUGCUCUGCAAAGUGACGUGUGCAGGAGAGAAGAGCCAGAGCGUCACCAAAGUCCACGUGUACGCUCUUCCGUCUGCUCCUCUGGUCUCAGGUCCGGUCUCGGUCCAGGUCUCGGUCCCGUCCUCGUUGGUCUGUGAGGUCCGGGACAUGUACCCCCCCGAGCUCCUGAACCUGGUCUGGAUCAGGACCAACCGGACCCUGACCAGGACCAGCGGGGACUCCGGGUCCACGGUGGUCCGGUCCCAGCUGAACUACACCCCCCAGAGACCGGACUUCAGAGACCGAGACCCGGACCGGGACCGGGACCUGGACCUGGACCAGGAACAAGAACUGGAGUUUAUCUGCAGAGCCACGAUGGACCUGCCCCAACUGAGUCCAGACCAGAGGACCACAGAGACCAGAGUCCAGGUCCAGCUCAUGUCCCCCCCUCAGAUCGUGUCCCUGUCGGUGAGCCCGGAGCAGGUGCUGGAGGGGCAGAGCCUCACUCUCACCUGUCAGUCAGACGGAGCCCCCCGCCCCCUACGCCUGCAAGACUCCGCCCACUACCAGUGUGAAUCCACCAAUCAGUACGGAGCAGCUCGGGACGCACGCAACAUCACCGUGAGAGCGUCUGCUCCUCUGGUCUCAGGUCCGGUCUCGGUCCAGGUCUCGGUCCCGUCCUCGUUGGUCUGUGAGGUCCGGGACAUGUACCCCCCCGAGCUCCUGAACCUGGUCUGGAUCAGGACCAACCGGACCCUGACCAGGACCAGCGGGGACUCCGGGUCCACGGUGGUCCGGUCCCAGCUGAACUACACCCCCCAGAGACCGGACUUCAGAGACCGAGACCCGGACCGGGACCGGGACCUGGACCUGGACCAGGAACAAGAACUGGAGUUUAUCUGCAGAGCCACGAUGGACCUGCCCCAACUGAGUCCAGACCAGAGGACCACAGAGACCAGAGUCCAGGUCCAGCUCAUGUCCCCCCCUCAGAUCGUGUCCCUGUCGGUGAGCCCGGAGCAGGUGCUGGAGGGGCAGAGCCUCACUCUCACCUGUCAGUCAGACGGAGCCCCGCCCCCUACGCUGGUCCUGAGCAGGAACGGGGCGGAGCUUCACAGAGAAAACUCCACCCACCUCCUGUUCUUCAACCUAUCGUCCGCCCAGCUGCAAGACUCCGCCCACUACCAGUGUGAAUCCACCAAUCAGUACGGAGCAGCUCGGGACGCACGCAACAUCACCGUGAGAGUUCAUCCUCUCCAGGUCAGUGUUCUUCAGCAGGUUUCUGUCGCAGACUCUGGUUCUUCUCUCGUUCUGACCUGUGAGACUCGAGGCUGCUCCCAGACCCCGGUCCUGACCUGGACUAAGACCCCCGCAGAACCCGGCCCAGAUCCAGGCCCAGACCGUGUCCUCCUGACGACCAGAGACCGGACCGGGUCCAGACUGGUCCUGCAGGACUUGGACCUGAGGGACUCGGGGGGCUACAGCUGCGAGGCUCAGUGUGACUCUGUGACCCGGAGCGGAAACACUCAAGUCCAGGUCUACUCGUUCCCGUCAGACCCGGUCCUGUCCUCGUCUGGUGCGCUGGUCCUGGAUCGUGGUGGGUUCUUCGUCUGCUCCGUGUUGGGUGUUUUUCCGGCGUCUCGGCUGCGGCUGCGGUGGCUGUUGGGGGAUGAGGUCGUUCGGAGCGUGAGCGGGUUUCCUCGUUCAGAGACGCUCCAGAACAUCUCCUCAGAGCUGACGCUGAACUCGACCAGUCUCCAGAACCUUCUCCAGAACCAGAGGAACCUCCAGAAGAACCCGGAGCCCCGGAGCCCGGAGCAGAGGAUGAGCUGCAGAGCCGAGAUGCUCACGGAGCAACAGGAAGUGUGGAGGAGCCGGACAAGCUCCACCCACUUUUAUAUUCACUCCCCCCCUCAGAGCGUGUCCCUGUCGGUGAGCCCGGAGCAGGUGCUGGAGGGGCAGAGCCUCACUCUCACCUGUCAGUCAGACGGAGCCCCGCCCCCUACGCUGGUCCUGAGCAGGAACGGGGCGGAGCUUCACAGAGAAAACUCCACCCACCUCCUGUCCUUCAACCUAUCGUCCGCCCAGCUGCAAGACUCCGCCCACUACCAGUGUGAAUCCACCAAUCAGUACGGAGCAGCUCGGGACGCUCGCAACAUCACCGUGAGAGCUCCGCCCAGGAUCACCUCGGUCGCGGUCUUGCCCUCGUCCGUGGUCUUCGAGGGGCAGAAUGUGACCGUGUGCUGCUCGUCCGUCUGUGCCCCGCCCCCUUCCGUGUCCCUCACCAAACUGACCAAUGGGACGCAGCGGCUCUCCUCCGACGGGACGUUCCUAUUGGUCAACGUGACGGCGCAGGACUCAGGGUUUUACCAGGUCAACGUGAGCAACGAGCUCGGCUACGAAGUACACGUGUUCUCCAUCAGCGUCCGAGAGCGCAGCGGUCGUCCUUCUCCGUCUCCGUCGCUGAGCUUUCUCCUGCUCUCGUCUCUGUGCGUCGCCGUCGCUCUCUCGUCGGCCGCUCUCUUCCUCGAGUACGUCCGGAGAGCGCGGAAGAAAGGCUCGUACAAACUCGCCCACUCCGGCCCCGAGUCCUGCCCGGAGUCGAACCCCCGACCCACGUGAGAGGAGGGCGGGCGGAGAGAGAGGCGGGCACGUUUACGGAGCUGCGAGUGACGGCGGCGCGCUGCGGGGGGCGAUCACACGCGUCUGCUCACAACUCCCUCCAAAGACGGUGUUUGUUAUCGUCUCGUUCUUGAGUAUCGAGUCUCGUCCUUCAGCGUCGAGAUCGAGUCUGUGAAGCGUCUUGCCCAAGGACACAACGGCUGCACGGGCUCGACUCACGGAAGAUUUGAAACACUUUUUUGGUUGAGGAGCGAAAGAAGGAGCCGUUUUUGCUUCCGAACGGGACGACGGCCCAAACCGCGUCACAAGUUUGAUAUAAACUCUAUGGAGAUGCUAAAGCUAUGCUAACGUGAAGCUAAAUGUGGCUAAAUGCUAAGUUUCGAUUAGCGCCAAGCAAUAUGUGACAUUCUAUUCUAUUCUAACGGUUUUUUAUCUUUCACCAAUCGCAGUCUGGCCACUACGGAAGCCCAUUUCCACCAGUAAAUACAAAAUAAAAGCCUCACAGAAAGUCAGAAUUAUGAGUUUAAAAGUCAUAAUUAUGAGUUAAAAGUCUAAAAUCACAAAGUCAACUCGUAAUUAUGACAUUUAAACUUUUAAUUAUGACUUUUAAACUCAAAAUUCUGACAUUUAAUCUCGUAAUUCUGAUAUUUAAACUCGUAAUUCUGAUAUUUAAACUUGUAAUUAUGACUUUUAACUCAAAAUUAUGACUUUUAAACUCUUAAUUAUGACUUUAAAACUCAUAAUUAUUAGAUUUUAACUCGUAAUUAUGACUUUUAAACUCGUAAUUAUGACUUUUAAACUCGUAAUUAUGACUUUCUGUGAGGCUUUUAUUUUGUAUUUACCGGUGGAAAUUGGCUUCCAAAGGCCACAGUGGAUUUUGAGAUUAAACUCUGUGUUCAGAAAUGUU